GGUGGUCUUAAUGACAAAGUUGCGCUACACCUCUAAAACAAUAUAUUUCAAAUAUUUAAUGUCUGCGCUUGUCUCCAAAAAGCAGUGUUACUGGACUGUGCUGAAGGGAGAAGAGAAGGAUGUUUGGACAUAAAGCAGCUGAAUUGUGAAGAAAGUAUGCUCUCAGGGGCCUGCACUGGAAGGAGAGCAAGAUGUAGUGUAUUUGGUGCAGCUGGAUGAUGAGUUGUUUUUCUGCAGCUUCGGAAAUCUUGUGGCUUAACCACAUUCUUGAAGCAAAACAACUGCUCUCUCCCAUGCGUGCCAAAAUCGGCCUGGAAAAAGAAAAGCUGACUGCUUAAAACAGCUUCUGAAGCAGAUAUUCUCUCAGCUUUAUGAUUUAAUUAAUGCUCGAUGAACGAGGUGGUGCAUACCUCACCCACCAUAGGCAGUAACGUGGAGGAGAUCGUGGUGAACAACACGCGCUUUCUCAUGUGGGAUAUUGGAGGGCAGGAGUCUCUCCGGUCCUCGUGGAACACCUACUAUACGAACACAGAGUUUGUGAUAGUUGUUGUGGACAGCACAGACAGAGAGAGAAUUUCUGUGACUAAAGAAGAACUGUAUAAAAUGUUAGCACACGAGGACUUAAAAAAAGCUGGUUUGCUGAUCUUUGCUAACAAGCAAGAUGUUAAAGAGUGUAUGACAGUAGCUGAAAUAUCUCAGUUUCUGAAACUGACUUCAAUUAAGGAUCAUCAGUGGCACAUUCAGGCCUGCUGUGCUCUAACUGGAGAGGGACUGUGCCAAGGACUCGAAUGGAUGAUGUCAAGACUUAAGAUCAGAUGAUUUUUAAUGACCUCUUUGCACAGACAUUGCUUAAAAAGAGCUGCACCCAUGAUUACCUUCACAGUGGCAGAAUUAAUGGGUUAGAUGUAUUUAUACUGAACUGAUCUCAACUUUAUUUUCUACAUAGAUGCACACACACAUACGUGUAUAUAAAUUAAGGCCAUUCAGCAAGAUGAAAGAUGCAGUUGGUGGCUCCAGCUUGGUUUUCGGUUUGCUUUCCUCUGAAGAUGCUGUAUUUAAAAGCUGUGAUCAACCUUCAUUUCAAGAUACAGCCACUCAGAACAGUCCAAUGUUGAGCAUGUUGAAGAUGAAGUGAGAGGAAGGAGCUUUUAAUUUUGGGUUCUAUUAUUCCAUUGUAGUCCUCUCUAGUCGAAGAUGUUGGCUUCAUUAUUCCAGUAAAUUAGCAAGCAAAUCAACGGCAUAGAUACCAACUUUCCAGUAUUUUUAAGGUUACCGAUGUUACAAAUGCAAAAAUAUUUUCCUGUAUGUGUACUGUACAUAUUUGUGUAUAUUUAUACCUCAAUUUUAGGUUAAUUGCAAUCUGUUCAGACCAGUGUGUAAAGCUGAAUCAGUAUGUUGACAGUAGUACUAAUAUUUGACGUAGCCAACACAUCACAACUUCUUUUCCUUUGUUAUCUGUAUGGCUGUAACAUCCAUCAGGCAGUUGGCUCACCAGAACUUUAUAAAACAAACUUCUCUCUUAAGACCACUGCUUGUUUUUUCACGUGAUUUUUCAAUUAGGGAGGAUGCCAUAACGGACUGGGGCAUGGGGAUCGAGCUUUGAGUUACAGUGUCGGCAAACAGUAAAAGCUUGCCAAAGAGUUUAAAAUGAAACAGAUUUUCUUCUUUUUGUUGUUGUAGUCAUCAUUUGAUUAGGUGAUUCCAAAAAGUGCAUGUCAUGCUGUCCUGUGGUACUGCUUCUCUUUUUUUUUUUUCUGUACUGUUCACUCUACGAUUUGAGUCCAGUAGAAGUACCUUUAGCUGUCAUAAAGGGAAAAAUGUCAUCUUUUUUUUUCUUAACCAAAGAAGAGGCACAAAAGUGUGUUUAAAAGUCCCACUGGAAUCUUACAAAACACAUCAUACUCUGUAUUAAGUGUUUUCCAGAGGAAGGCACGCUUCUUUUUGAUAGCUUAAAAAUGUAUAUAUCUCUCUAUAUAUGCAAUGGGUGGAACUGGGAUGGGGAGCAGAACAGAUUACACUACUUGCAAAGCUCUAAGUGACCCCUCGAUCGUGUUCCCACAGAAGUUUCAGGGCAGUAUUUCUUGACAAUAGAACUCCCUUGCAUGGCCCCCAGGUGAGCUAGAACGAGGUGUCAGAACACUAUGUGAUUAUCUUUUCUUACUGUAGGACCUAACAGGUGGGUGUCCCACCUCGCACAGAAGCUGUUCCCAGUUACCAUUUUAAAGGAUACAGGUUUUUCAACGGGAGGAGAGUGAGAGUUGUAUGGUUUGAAACGUCAGUAUUGUGAAAGCGUACGUAGCCUCGAUCGUAGGCUCUUAUGUUGGAGAUGUGUGUUUGGGGAGUAGAGCAAAAUGAAACAAAACUUUGUUUAAAAUGUCCUUUCCUUUCUUACCUCAUACAUCUGAUAAGGAUGGAAAAGACAUUUUAAAGGAAAAGCCUAGUUUGAACUUUUUAAGGUGCUGAUCUUUGGUUAUGGGUUAAUCCAUUCAGCCCGCCUGCCUUCCCAUUUGCCCGCUUUGCUAGGGAUCAUGUUGUGAAUUUGUGGAGAAAAGAAGUGCGGCAGUUUCAAAACCCUGUAUUUAACAAAGGCAGGUAAAGAAUUUAACUUUUUAAUACAUUUUUUGGUAUCUCUUUAUGAUGCUCACUGGAUAGGGAAUCUGCUGUCUUUGUUAAACAUUUUAAUGUGUACAUGCAUACCUUUAUAGUGCAUGCACAUAGAUACUGGUAUUUAACUGGUGUAUUGCAAAAUGUAUAAAUGUUUGAAGAAAUAACAAUUUAAUGCAAAGACUUUCUCAGUUUAUCUGAUAGUAUCUUCAAGAAAUGAGCUCUGUGCACACUUGCAUAUGAAAUGGAAUUGUACGUUUUCUAGUCUUAAAAAAGAAAAAGCAGACUUGCUUAUAAACCUCAGUGUCUGGUUUUUGAGUCUUAUGUCUUCCCUUUCAUCCUUUGAAAAUAUUUUGCUUUAGUAUUGUUAAAUACUGCGUGGUUUUGCCUGAACCUGCACAGGCUGCGUGUGUUGGGUUUUUGUUUGUUUUUAAAAACAUGAGUUUUUCCUGCUAAUGAAAAAAAGAAAAUAUCAUGGAGCAGUAUUCUGGUAUCUGCUACUUGCUGAAAUUUGCUGCUUACUCCCUCGCUUCAAUUAGUAGGACUUAGUAUGGCCGUAUCAUGAAAGUGUGGUGGUUUUCUCCAGGUACAGCUUGUGUUGCAACCAGACAUCUAAUGUUUACGCAUAAGUAAACUUAGGCUUACUCCUUCUCCCUCUCGGUACCCUGGCCACUUCCACUUUCUGUGGCAUCUGAGAUACCGGGCAACCAGGUCACUGCAUCUUCAUUUCAGGAGUGGCAACAGACCCUAGCAGGGAGCUGGGAAUAGCUGCACAUGUGAAGACUGCCUGUUAAAACAAUGUCUUUUGUGCCCUAAAGUGUUGAUAAUUCAAAAGUCAAAUUGUUGUCUGUGUGUUGGAUGGUGAACGAUCCAGCCUUAACCUGGCUGCAGAAAAAGGUGCGUGUCACAUCAUGUGUAAUGAUGAGUUUUUCUGUCUCUUCUUGUGAUCCGACGGUAUGUUAGAGGGCCGAUGUGCUCUUCAGUAGCUAGAAUUCUGUGGUGGCCGGUGCUUCCCGAUGCGCCGUGUGCCUGCAGCUUUCUUGGCCGGGGCUUAGGAAUCAAGGGAGGACGCACCUUCAUUUUAAAUGCUGGAUUUGCAGUCUCCAUAACAAUGAUGGAUCUUGCCUGUAGUAGCCGGGCACCUUUUUGUCACCCCAUUGUAAACAGAGGUGACUGUUUCGAGUUCUCACCUUGUGGGGUUGGUGCGAUCAUGCUUUUAAGCCCAGCAGUGCAUAGCGAAAGCGGAAUAAUGUCAUCCAGGUGCUGCAGCGAGAGGUUUUGUAGGAAAGUUUGUUUGCCUGAAGGGUCUUUGUGAGAACAAGUGUGUCCGCUGUGAUACUGCUGAGAUGAACGUGAGAAGUAUGUACCCUCACGGUAGCGUUGUGGCUGUGACGGUCCUUCCCUGCACACCUUGCCUUUUGUGUAAAGUUGGAAAUGUUUUUAAAUUUAGUCACCUGGUAGAGCUGGAGAAGGGCAGGCAAACUUUUGAACACACAAACCCUUUUUGUAUGUGCUGCUUGUUUACGGCUUUUUCCUUUUCCCUGUAGGCCAAUUCACAUUUUUCUCACAGCUUUGUCCAUAGAAAAGCAAGUGAACUUUGCAUCAAUGCUGCUUUCAACUUCAUUUGGUUAUUCUUUGGAAUUGAUUGUCUUAACACGAGUCACGCCCUGGAUUUGUAUUGCUUUUGUGUUUUUGCCCUCUGUGUGUUGUGUUGCCUUGCCUUUGUUCUUCAUGAAAUUAAUGCUUAGGAUGUUAUACAGAACCGGGGGGGGGGGGGGGGCUUUAAAAAAUGGUUAUUUAAGUUCAUGCUGCAGAAUGCCAUUUUACUGGCAAAAACAUAGCAGUAAGUCAUAUUUCAAUAAUAUUGAAAAUGUUUCUUUUGCUUUAGCAGACAAUAAACCUGGUAAGUCAUCUCUAUAAUAUGCUGCCUCUGUGAUUUGAAAAUUAUGCAGGUUUUUAAUUGCGAGGAAAGGUGGAAUAUAGAACUUGGAAAAUGUGAACAGGGAUCUACUUAGCUUCAUUUUUUUAUUUUUUUUUUUUUUUUAUUGCCAGGGAGGCUUAACAGCUGUUUUCCUAUGCAUUUUAUAGUGUGUUCCUAGGUAUAGGUGUUCAUGCGUGAAUGCUAAACGUAUCCGAUGGGCACCUUCUACAGUCUAUGCAGCUCAAGUGCCUGUAACUUAAUUCAGUGAUCAAUUUUUUUCCUCCUCUGUGACAAUUUCCAUUUUCCUUAAAAUAGAUCUAUUUCUAUAAAAGCAUUUAAAUGUGUGUAAAUGAGUGGUUUUUUUCUUCUCCCUACACAUCAGUUUUAACAUGAUUUAUAAUGAAUUUGUUACAGUUUCUUUCUGUCCUCUACAUUUCAAGCACUUUUUCCAUCAGACAUCCCAUAGCUAGCUUGCUUUGUGAAGGGAGAUACUAAAUUUGUCCUUGCAUCAGAUUGGUUAGCUGAAAUUCUUUUCAAGGAACGCUGUUUAAAUAACUUAAUCCAAGAAUACUUGGCCUUGUAAGUAUCCUCAUGUAAGUAGUUCCUUUUUAGUUGGCUAAUAAAACAUUAACUUUGCGGCUGUCAGACUAAUUAUGUCUGGAAAAAUAGUUUUCAGCUAAUUCAAAUGAAUGUAGUACUAAGCCUUUAAAUGGCGCAUCACUGAGCAUUACAGGACGAGUUUGAUGUCAUGAAAAAUGGCACUAAGAAAGAAAAAUGUCUUCGCAUAUAGUUGUGAUAUGUAUUAUAAAUACAAAUGUGACUUGAAUAUAAUUGUUGCAGUGAAUAUAUUAAAUGUACAAACCCAAGAAAUUAUAAGUGGUUGCCACUGUAACUUUUUUUACAUUGUGAUUUAGAAUCAUAAGCAGAAAUUAUAUUCUUGCCUUACUAGGAUUUUACUGGUGAAUUUUUAUAUUGUACAGAGACUUUUUUUUGAAAGUGUUCUUCACAUCAGAUGGUAGCCUUUAUUCAUAACAGGAUCGAACUCAUGUACCGCCCUUAGCCUUUUAGGCCAGAUUUCUUGUGAGCAAGGACAUAAGUUGCUGGGCUUUUUUUAAGCUUUUCCUAUCUGUAAAUUUAGAAAACUUAGCUGAUACUGGAUCAAGUUAGAGAAUGCUGCUUUACCUAGAAGGCUGUAAAUCAUUCUUUGUAAAUCAUCAGCUUGGUGUUACUCUUGUCUGAAUGCUUACAGCAUCAAACUCUGGGGAGGGUAGAAGAUGUGGCCGAGAAAGAUGUAUUGUCUGCAAAGAGAUUCAAAGAUUUAAAAAAAAAAACAAACAAAAAACCCAACAAAAAAACCCCAACAAAAACCAAAACCCCCUCCGACUGGAAAGGCUGAGCACUUUUUUUGGCUAAUAAAUUGAAGAAUUGGUAGCAUAUGACAAAGGAAUGGUAACCAUCCCGUUUAACCUGUGUCUGUAUUAUGUUUUCAUGAAUGUUUUCAGCAUGUCCUCAGCUUUCUUAUGUUCUUUUCCAAAACCUCUAAACCUCCAAUCCUGUAGCCGCAGUCCUGUACUUGGCCCGUACGUGCUGCUCUAAAUCUGAGUCUGCCCUCCUGGCUCUCCCGGGAGGCUGAGCGGGUGUCAGAGGGAGCCAAGCUCUUUGCCCUCCGACUGGACCAAGUAAUGGAUUACAAUACUGUCCUGUGACACUAAACCUAUAAUUCAUGACGUAUAAAGUAAACUUACCAGAUUAGUGUACUAACGAUGUAGUUACAGUAAAGUAUAUUAUCUGUUUUUUACAAAUGCAGAGUAACACCCGUAUGUAUACGCAUUAAUCAUAUGAGCAGGGUCAUAUUUCUUUUGAUCACUUGUAUUUUGUACUUCUCUUUCGAAAAAGUUUGUCUUCUUUCUGAAAGAAAUGCAUAAAGUAAUGUGGCUAACAGCGAUAACUGCAAUAAAAUGUCAUUCCAGAAUAUACAAAGUUAUUGCUUCACAUUAAUCCCAAGACUUGUGAGGGCUGGUAUUUCUUGGCUUGAGCCCUUCUGUGUCUGAAACUUAAUGCAUGUUUAUUAAAGUAAUUUAGCUAAAACUUUUUAUAAAGCUAUUUAUUAUAAUAAAGUUCAAUUAUGAUUCUGUUAUAUGAUGAUCAUAAUAAUCAUGAAUCAAUUAUGAUUCAGGAAAAGUGACUUUUCCUGAAAUUUUAUCAGAACAUGCCUUUAAUUGUUUCCCCCUUGCCUCUCUCUGUCCAUCCUGGCUUUUAAAGUCUGAUUUUCACUGAAGGGAACUCAUUCAGUUCUUAUAAUUCUUGUUGAAGAAGUGAAAGAAUCACAAAUUUGGUCUAGAAUUGUUGUUGGGAGGGAGGAGCUGUGUAAAAGUAUAUAGACACAUUUACAGGUCAUGUCAGAAUUGCUAAUUCUUGAAAACCUACCAGUAUUUAUUAUUUGAAAAUGAAAGCACUUGUCAGCAUUGUACUGUUUGCAUUUAAACAUUCUGCAUGUCUAUGUUGCGGUGAAACUUCUCAAGCAAAAGUGUGAUUUCUGACAUAGCCUGUGGGGUUCUCCAGGCGUUCCUGGGGUGAAAUGCGCUGUUCAGCCGAACCUCUGAUUUAAUUUUAAUUUUAAUGGCUUUGUAUUGGGAGAUAUUUUGGCAUUUGGGACAAGUUUGGUAAUAAGUAUGUGUGUGUUAGUUUCAAAUCAAAUGGAAGUUACAAUUAAUGGUGAAAUGCUUUUUUCUUCUAGAAAAUGCGGGAUUCCAGCAGUGUACUGCUCCUGUGCAUUCAUGUACUGCACGCUGGUACUUGCAGCUGUGUGAGUGGGGGGGGUUACAGGCAACUGCUUAGAAAGCAAGAGAGGUGAAACCAAAGCUGGGUUAAAAAAAAAGAAAA